AUCACCAUCAAGCAAUCGACCCAGUUCAGCCACCAGCCGUAGGGAUAGGGCAGCUUCGUCGGUUCGUCCCCGCGACGGAAUCGCGUUGCGCGACUCGCGCUGCUGCUCGCCGCCAGCCGCCAGGCCGCCCGCCCGUGCGGCUGCUCGCAGCAGGUCGCCCGCUCCAGCGCCGCAGCGCGCCGCCCGCCCUUACCUCUUCCGGUCUCCCUGCGCGGCUGCGCGCGCGGACGCUCGCGUGCGCCGCCGACGCGCCCCAGCUUGGAGUUCUUAGCUUCGAUUUAGAGGCAGUGGCAUUUCGUUUCUUAAAAAAUGAAGAAGUCAAAGUCGAUUGAUCUGAAAUCAAUGUGGGAAAGGGCUGCAAAGGCACGCAGAGUAGAUGUAGAUUCCCCUUCCACAUCAAGACCACAAGUAAUCAGUAUUGAGAGUCAUGCUCAAGCUCAAAGUACCCCUUCUGUUGAGCAUCAACCAGAGGCAGCAGCAGCAACCAAUAACAGUGAUAGUCCAAAUGCAAGAGAACCAGAAACUGAGAUAGCAGCCACUGUCCCCAAUGAUCAGGUUUCAAUUGAACCAGUGGUAGCUAGUAAUGAACCUCAGUUAACAACAGCAGCGGCAGAAACAGAACCUUCACCUUUAUCUCCUAUCAGAGAUGGUGAAUUUGAUUAUGAAUCAAGUGGGGAAGCUGUUUAUGAUAUUGGCUCUCUACAUCAUGACCCUGGAAAGAGAAGACCUAUUAGAAGGCAUCCUGUCAAUGAAAGAAACUCGGUGAUCAGGGGAUAUAUUGCAUUGGGGCCUUGUCAACCACGCAGCCAUGAUUUUCCUAUCAAGAAUAUUGGAGGUAAACCUAGACGCUUUGUUGCUUGGUGGUUUGAUGAAUUUAGCUGGCUUGAAUACAGUGUGGAAUUAGAUGCUGCUUUCUGUUUUGUGUGCUUUUUAUUCAAGCAUAAAACAAAUUGUUGUAGUGGAGAUGCUUUUGUGAAUGGAGGAUUUAGAAAUUGGCAUUUGAAAAAGAGGAUUGAGAGACAUUGUGGGGCUGUGAAUAGUUAUCACAAUAUGGCUCUAGAGAAAUACAAUUCCUUUAUGAGGCCUAAAGCAACAAUAGUUGGGAGCUUUGUUUCCAUCACCCAAAAAGAGAAAUGCGAGUACAAGUCACGGUUGACCUAUUCACUUAAAUGCUUGAAAUUUCUUUUGCGUCAAGGUUUGGCUUAUCAUGGAAGACCUUGGUAGUGACUUCUUUGCAAUACUAGCUGAUGAAUCUAGUGAUGUGUAUGACAAAGAACAAUUGGCUCUUUGUUUGCGCUAUGUUGACAAAAAGGGAAAGGUAGUUGAGAGGUUUCUUGGGGUUGUCCAUGUUGAAAACACUGCCUCUUUGACACUUAAAGAUGCAAUUCAGUCCUUGCUUAUGGAGCAUUCACUAAGUUUGUCUAUGAUACGUGGGCAAGGUUAUGAUGGAGCUAGCAAUAUGAAAGGUCAUGCAAAUGGUUUAAAGAAACUAAUUAUGGAUGAAUGCCCCUCAGCUUAUUAUGUACACUGCUUUGCACAUCAGCUUCAAUUAACUCUAGUGGCUGUUGCUAAGGAAAAUCCAGAUUGUGAUUGGUUUUUCGAUCAGCUUAGCUUCUUGUUGAAUCUUAUUGGUAAUUCUUGUAAGAAGGUACAGAUGCUACGAGUAGAACAAGCACAAAGAAUUGUAGAAGAAUUAGAGUUGGAUGUCAUUGAAUCUGGAAAAGGCCAGAAUCAAGAGAUGAGUCUAUGUAGGCCAGGUGAUACUCGUUGGGGGUCUCACUACAAAACUGUUAUGCAUGUUCUCUCAAUGUAUCAUUCAAUUAGGAAAGUUAUCAAAAAGGUUGGCACAGAUAGAACUCAACGGAAGGAGUAUAACCAAGCACAAACAAUGUUGACAAUCUUUGAUUCAUUUGAGUUUGUUUUCAUGGCGCACUUGAUGCGAAAUGUACUUGGGUACACGGCUGAUUUGAAUCAUGCUUUGCAAAAGAGAGAUCAAGAUAUUGUUAAUGCAGUAGAGCUUAUUUAUCUGACAAAGAUUCAGCUGCAGCAAAUGAGGGAGGAUGCUGGAUGGGAUGAGUUUCUAAAAGACGUCCAUUCUUUUUGCAACAAGCAUAAUGUCAAAAUUCCUGUCAUGGACAAUUUCUAUAGGCCUGUUGGAAGAGACAGGAAGUUCUAUGUGAAAAUCAAGAAUAUGCACCGUUUUCAUGUGGACAUGUUCUUAAGUGUUAUUGAUAGACAACUUCAAGAGCUGAAUGAUAGGUUUGAUGAGGUAAACACAGAUUUGCUUAUCUGCAUGUCAGCAUUCAAUCCUGCUAAUUCAUUUGCAGCUUUUGACAAAGCAAGUUUGGUUAAGCUAGCUCAAUUUUAUCCCAAUGAUUUCUCAAGACUAGAGUUAGACCAUCUACCUUGUCAACUUCAACUCUUUAUUACUGAUAUGCGCGAGGAUGAAAGAUUUAAACAAGUGAACAGCCUUGCUGAGCUUUCUGUCAUGCUUGUUUCAGCAAAUGAGCACACCAAACAUGAUCUUGUGUACAGACUUCUCAAAUUGGUCCUAGUGCUACCUGUAGCAACUGCUACUGUAGAAAGAGUGUUUUCAAUAAUGAAUUAUGUGAAGAACAAGUUGAGAAACAGGAUGGGAGACCAGUACUUGAAUGACUGUUUGGUCACGUUUAUUGAACGUGAGUUCUUUUUGCAAGUCAAAGAUCAUGACAUCAUCAGUCGCUAUCAAGCAAUGAGGGAUCGAAGAGUUAAAAUUUAAUUGUAAUUUUCUUCCAAUAUUUUGUAAUCUCAAUUUAUUAUGGAACAAAUUUAGUUUGAACUAUAUGUAUCUUUUAUCUAUGCUUAUCUGAACGUUUUGUGUUGUUCAUCCAAA